GUUCUUGUCAUUAAGUGAGUAAAUGAGAACACCAAAUGGCAGAUCCCCUUUUUCAGCAUUGGUUUCAUGGUCGCAUAAGCCGACAAGAUGCCGAAGAGCUUCUCGUCCGUGCUGGCAAGCGUGAUGGAUUGUACUUGCUACGUGAAAGUACUGCUUCAGCAGGAAGCUAUGCUCUGUCUAUGUGCCAUAAUAAUAAGAUAAUCCAUUAUCACAUCCAACGCCAUACAGAUGGAAUGGUGGCUAUUGAAGAUGGCAGGAGAUUUCCUGGACCAGUUGAGUUGGUGUAUCAUCAUCAACGUACUUUGGAUGGACUAUUGACCAGACUUACAGAGCCGUGCAAUCGCCUCCCUGGGGUACCCCCUAAAACUUUCUCUGGAGCCAAUCAGGAACACAUCAAAGGUGCAGCUAUUGCUGCUAUGGCUUCAAUGGGAUUAGAGGUUUGUUUUAUGCACUAGUUGAUAAAGUGUUAUUAACCCUUUAAGCCCCAAUAUACAUGUACAAAUUCUCCAAACUGAUCUCUAUACAUUUCCGUAAAGAAUGAGUUGAGACAAUUUGAUAAAAGAUCAAACAAUUUUCUCUUAGGUGAUCAAUUUAUUAAUUCUCAUGACCUAACGUCUUGACAUUUUAUGUAAUUUGUUAGGAGAAAAUUGAUGUUGGUCACUAUUGGGACUUAAAGGGUUUAUAAGCUUGCUCUUUUUGCUCAAAAUCAACAACUUUAUGCUGUUUUAUUUUCUGUUGGAGGCCCCCUUUUGAAGACUGUGAUUUCAGUAUUGGGAUAUUUUCCACCCAGCUAGUUGGUUCCCUGCAUCGUGAAACCAAUAAUUCAUCUAUCUGGACUGGUUUAACUGUCAUUUAUAGUGAAAUCUCAAAGUUGAUUAAUUUUUAUGUAUUUGUCAUGCUUAUGUUAUUGGCUUCUAAAUUACAAAUUCUAUCCGUCUAGGAUGGUGAUGAAAGCACCGCUACCCUUAUGAGAGCUAAAUUAGAAAGUGCUAUUGGCUCUGUCAUGCACAAAAGUCAGCCGUGGUUUCACAAUGACAUUUCACGCGAUGAAGCAGAAAGGCGUCUACAGGUGAUGGGAUUGCAAGAUGGAAUGUUUCUUAUCCGUGAAAAAGACCCAGGGUUUGUUCUUGGCCUUGCUCAUGAAAACGCUGUUGUGCAUUACUUGUUUGAUGUUGAUGCACUUGGAAAACUGUCAAUCAAAUCUGGCCCAAAGUUUGAUAACCUGAUGCUAGCGGUCGACCAUUACACACAACGAGAGGAUGGUUUGCUGUGUAAAUUGCGUGAACCUUGUAACGCUGAGCUGUUUGAUGGUCGGCGGAGAACCCCUUCAACAGGAACUCGUCCUCCUGGCCUAUUUGAACAAAGAAGAUCACCCAGCAGCUCCCUUAAUGAGAACUCGCCUUUUGCUUCAAACCCUUUUCUGCGUGCCGGGUCAGGGACUGGCGCUAUGGUGCCUGAUAUAAUACGUGAAGGUACAGAUAUUUUGAAUGUGUUUCUCAGGGCCUCUGAUAUUUCGCGGAAAAAAAAGCAAAAUUUCGCGGGAUUUUCAGGGGCAAAUUCGGGGAAAAAUCGGCCGAUUUCGCGGGAUUUUCGCGGGAGCGAAGUCAAAAUUCGCAGAAAAAUCAGCCGAUUUCGAAGGAUUUUCACGGGCAAAUGCUUAGAAAAAUCGGCAAAUUUCGGGGGGAAACUUCGCCAAAUACAAUCAGUAAAAAACAGCCGAUUUCGCUGGAUUUUUUUUGGCAAAUUUCGCUAAAAUCGAUCAAUUUNCCCAGCAGCUCCCUUAAUGAGAACUCGCCUUUUGCUUCAAACCCUUUUCUGCGUGCCGGGUCAGGGACUGGCGCUAUGGUGCCUGAUAUAAUACGUGAAGGUACAGAUAUUUUGAAUGUGUUUCUCAGGGCCUCUGAUAUUUCGCGGAAAAAAAAGCAAAAUUUCGCGGGAUUUUCAGGGGCAAAUUCGGGGAAAAAUCGGCCGAUUUCGCGGGAUUUUCGCGGGAGCGAAGUCAAAAUUCGCAGAAAAAUCAGCCGAUUUCGAAGGAUUUUCACGGGCAAAUGCUUAGAAAAAUCGGCAAAUUUCGGGGGGAAACUUCGCCAAAUACAAUCAGUAAAAAACAGCCGAUUUCGCUGGAUUUUUUUUGGCAAAUUUCGCUAAAAUCGAUCAAUUUUGCAUCGAUAUGACCAGCAUUGUUUAACGUUGUUUUUUUUAACAGGGAUAAUCAUUUGCUCUUUCAACAACAGUUCGCUCGAGAAAUGAGCGAAUGGUAAAGCUAUUAACAUUAUGGUUAGUGCCCAGUUUUUCGCAACAUUAAUCUAAGAAUGCCUGGUAGUUUUGGGACGUUGUUUACUCGUUGCAGUGACGAAGUGAAUAAAACAGGUCUAAUGGCCAAGAUAAGUAUUAAAUAUGUUUUGCCGACAUGUAUUUGGAGAUAUUUCUGGCGGAUGUCACGUUUUUUGGGAAUUUCGCGGGUCCGCGACCGCGCGAAAUAUCAGAAGCCCUGGUUUCUGUGUAGGUGUACAUGUAUGCUGUACGUGAAAUUACCACUUACAGAGCUUCAUUUAAUCAUCUGUGAAACCCUCUUUGUGUUUUACUCCAAAUACAAUAAUAUACAUAUGGGAAAAUAAAAAUAAUUGUUAUUUGCUGCAGUUCUAAGAAUAGCAGCCAAUUAUUGUUUUCACAACUUCAACUUAUUAACAGCUGUCAUGAAGACUUAAGUAUAAAAGGGCAGGAUUUUACUGAGGUGAUCAUUCUAAGCUGACAUCACUGUUUGAUUGAUUUCAUUUGUCAAUGCUCGUUGAUGUACUCAUAAUUUUGUAUUCUAGUUCAACCUCUCUCCCUCGAGUGUCUGGUCCUGCUUUCAGUAGAGUUCAGGUUUCCUCCUUAGAUAAGGGGGUUUCUCCUGACAGGCAGCAAACACAAUAUCAUCUUUAUUCCAUUAUUGAUCAAAGAACUUUACUUUAGACCUUGUUACAUUUUUCCUGCUUAGCUACCUUUGGGGUAGCUAAGUGUUUGUAUUUGCAUAAAUAAACAGGGACUGAUGUUUGCGUUACGCUGGGCUUCUUUCCAGUGCCGCAAUCAGUUUUCCUAUUUACCACCGUUUUCCUUGAUACGCGACUUUUCAAAUCGAAACACCCGCUGAAACGUUUCCAAAAUUUCCGUCAAUCAUACACGUCAUACCAUAUAUGGAAGUGUUAAUACCUCCACGCGCGACAGAAAGAUGGCGGAUUCGACAGAUAGCUUCGAAUUCACCAGUCAGUACAGUGAAAUGUUCGAAGAUAGAUCCGUCGAACUACCAGAUUUGGAAGAAACACAAAUAUGGGAUAGCCCAAAUAUAAGACAUGCAAUAUGUACCUUUCUUAGUGUAAAGCCCAUUUUCUUCAAUAGCUUAGCGAUCGUGGACACGUGAAUUGUCUUUCCCAGUGCGAACUGUAUCCAUUCCUGUAUUUCAUCCUCGUAAAUCUCUGGAUAUUGCUGGAUUACCCUUCUUAUUAAUGACACGUCCUGUGCUAAGUCCAGAUGAGGAAAACAAUGGUUAUGUAUUCGUUUGAUACAAUUAGGCUCAUUUAGAGAAGUGAUUACAAAAACCUCAGUUCAAAUCAUAAGCUUACUUACCUUCCAACUUUCUCACUCUACCCAGCCGUGAUUGAUAAUGAACUGUUUUUGUGUUCUGGUAAAGAUUUCGAAUCUUUUUUACAAACGUCUUCCCUACGUGAAGUAGUCUAGCAACACGUUCGACAGUAAAUCCCUGAACGAGUAAAUACACUACUCGCCAACGCAAAUUUAACGAAUAACUUGCCACCAUGUUUACAUGUAACUUCGACCAGCCGCCAUAUUUUAAAUGUUCAGGCCCAGUCCAACACUUCCAUGUAUAUGGUAUGACGAGUAUGAUUGACGGAAAUUUUGGAAACGUUUCAGCGGGUGUUUUGAUUUGGAAAGUCGCGUAUCAAGGAAAACGGUGGUAACACAGAAUGAUUUAUUGUUUUUUAUUGUUCACCCAAUAGAAAAUUUGGUAACCAAUAAUGAUACAUGCACAAAAAAAUGUGUUUCACCUUGUAAGCUGUAAUUUCAACACCAAACUGUUGUCCAAACAUCUCAUGGUAAUAUUAAGAAUCUGUUAAACCAAGACUUUUUUUUUUUUUGCUUUUUUAGCCUUUCCAGGACCUUCUUCACCAAGGAAUGUUCCUCCACCACUACCUACUUCCCUUCCACCAGGCAGUAGGAAUUCAGUUGGACCCCCUCGAUUACCACCCAGACCAGUUCCUGUCAGUCCAAGAGGUCCAAUUCCACCACCAGUUAGUCCUGGUCCUUCAGUUGCCACAGAUGGAAGAAGGAUGCCAGGUAGACUAAAAUUUAACAUGUACUUUAUUUGAGUGUCAAUGUAUUUAGCACUUAAGUACUAAUUGAGAGCACUACUUUCAUGUCCCCUACUGGAGAUGGGACCACCAUGUUAUGGGGUCAUCUGGGCCUCUUGAAGGUCUAGCCGUUAGCAGGGCAAAGGCAGACUACCUUCAUUUCUCAGUUUUUUAAGGCGCCAAGUAUUAGUCCAGCCCCAGGAAUUGAAACAAUGACCUCCCUCUCUGCAGUCAAGCAAUUUACGGACUAAGCUAAUAUCUGCUGUGGGUAAAGUUAUUAACUGCUGUGGUUAAGAUAUUAGAGAGUUUAAGCUUCACAUAUACGGCAAACCGCAAACAUCAGAUUCAGGUUGAGAAUUUCUCAAAAUAGAAAAAAUGAGCAGAUAAAAACAUGUCAGAAAAUUUUUAUGGAUAAAAAAUUGUGUGAAACUACUAAUUUAUUUUUAGAAAUAAUAAACAGUAGGCGACAAGUAAAGGGGAAACUUGGUCACAUGGUACAAAUUCGUGUUUCGCUUUUGACGUAAACGUGAUGCCUAACCUCUCUAUUAACCAUUUUUCUUUUGGAUUCUUUGAUGGAAAUGGAAAUGUAUGUCUUUAGACUGCACAUGUGCUAUUAAGUAGUUUUGACACGGUCUUUUCGUUGUUCUUUUUCGGUUCAGGUGCAUCUGGAGGUGCUCAGUUUGAGGCCAUUUAUGACAGCAUUAAGAUGAAGAAAAGCUCUUUUUACUUCAAUCAGUUUAAAGAUGUUCAAACUCGGAAGCUGAGGAGUGAAAAUUUAAAACUAGAAAAAGAGUUGGGUGAGUAUAUUUUGCAGGAAAGUAGAAUUAAUUUUGUACUUUGAUGUUGGGAUUAUAGGUUGAAGUGGUAAAGGUUUUUAUCCCUCCCAGCUAUGUCCAUUGCUGUCACUCAGCAUGUUUAUAAGUUGACAUUUGUAGUGAAACAAAAUGUACAGGAUUGCAUUACUAACCAGGCUGAAAGGGUGAGAAUAGUUACUGUAUUAUUUCCUUGGUAUCUUACUUUUUUCUUUGUGUUUAAAUGCUGACAUUGUUCUUAUGAUUUUGUUGUUUGUGUUUUUAAUCAGGUCAUGGUAAUUUUGGCUCUGUUCUCAAAGGCGAGUACACUAAGUUAAAUGGAGAGUUGAUUCCGGUGGCUGUUAAGAAGCUGAAAUCUGAGGAAAUGAAUAAUCCUAAGGUACAAUAUUAUUUAAACAUGCAUUUUGCAUUCUCAGACAUAAUUUAACUUAUACAUAUACAGGUAUGCGUAACUACUUUCCAAAUCAUUGUAGUAAAUGUUAUACCAAAAAAAUUAAGGUUUUUUUCUCAUUUUCUUUUAAGGCUGAAAUUAUGCAUGAAGCUGAAGUUAUGAUGAAACUGGAUCACCCAAAUAUUGUUAGAAUAAUAGGUACUGUGUGAUAAUAUUAGCAUUUUAAUGACUUUGUUAAAUUGAUUUUGUAGCUUUUGACUUCUUUGCAGGUCUGCAUGGUAUAGUUAAACUGAUACAGAAAGGUUGUUAUAUGAAAGAGUAGAGUAUACACUGUUUGUGACAGUACAUUAAUGAUGUUGUCUUUGAUAUCAUUACUGAGCCUGUGAAUGCAAACAUUUUCUGGUCAUCACCUCUAUCCACCUGAAAAGUAUUGUCAGCAGCCCUGUGAUGUACAUGUAAAACCUUUGUUUUGUUGUUGACCAAUCCAAUUAGAGGAUAAAAUAAUAAUAACGUAAAGAUCAAGUGACUUCUCAUGACCUUGCAUGCUGGUGUGUCUAGGAAUUUGGUAAGAUUUUUUAAAAUAUGCUUUGGAACAUAAAUUUCAAGAUUUCUUAUGAUGGUGAAUGCUGCUUUCUAAUUUGUAGAGUAAGGGUUCUAGAGCUAUGGAUAAGAUUUCUUCUUUGGUUUUGCUCAGAAAAAUCGGUGUGUAUUAAUAAUGUGUCAUCUUUGUUUCUUCACCCGUGGGGUAUGGCAGGUAUUUGUCAAGAUACAACAGUGAUGCUUGUCAUGGAAUUAGCUCCAGAAGGACCUCUCCACAAAUACCUCAAGAAACACAAGUAAGUAAAAAUUGGUUAACCCUUUAGAAGCCAUUUAUGCAGCUCAACAGAAAAUUUUUGUACUGUUUAUUUUAUUUUCAACUACGGCUUUUUAAUUUAUUGCAGAAGUCUACCAAUGUUCAAAAUCUUUGUCAUCAUGUUACAAGUUGCAGAGGUAAAGAAAUGUCACGUAAACUGAAGAUUGUAAUAAAUAUUCAAACUUCAGGAUUUUGUGUCACAGGCACAAAAAUUAGAAUAACCUUGUACUUCAUAACGAAAAGAAACACAGGAAAGUACUUCUCAGUAGCUUUCAUUGAGAUGGUCACAUUUUAAGAAUACAUCCACAGACUCGAAAGUAAGAAUCAUCUUGUACAGGAUAAUGAAGAUUACCACAGGAAAGUACUGCUCAGUAGCUUAUGCACCUACACUAGGAGUUAAAAAGAAGGUAGGACUGUGCAUAAGUAGAGUUUCAAAGCUUUCAUUCAUGAAGUGUAGUUGAUUAGAUGAAAAAUAAAAUAACAAAAUGUAAUCAUGAUCUUUUCUUUGCACAGGGAAUGCAAUAUCUUGAAAACAUGCAGUUUGUGCACAGGGACCUUGCUGCAAGAAAUGUGUUGGUAGUCAAUGAGGAUUUUGUGAAAAUCAGUGACUUUGGAAUGUCUCGGGCAAUGGGAGCUGGUACUGACUACUAUAGGGUAUCUACCUACUGUAUGUUGUGCCCUUGUUAGAAAGCCAAGGACCUAAAAAAUUAAUGUAAAAGAAAAUGUUGUCUUUAACACGCCAUCCGUGCUUGAAUUUCAUGGAUUCAGAAGUUGGAAGUCCAGAAAAAUUAUCAAGUUGUUAAGCACACUAUGACAAGUAUGUCUUGUACCCUUUUCUGACUGUAACAAUCUGUUAUGAAAAUAUAUCGAUAUGUAAUGCCAACUUCAAGUCGUGUGGACAAAAGCCUAUGUUUGUUUGCUGUGUACAGUCAACUCUCGCCUUGCGGACACCCCGCUAAUACGGACAGCAGAUAAAUUCCGGGCAAGAAUAAAUUGCAGACAUUUCACUGAAAUAAACUCCCGCUAUUACAGACUCCAGUCGCUACAGAGGACACUAACUUAAGGUCCCUAUAGUGUCCGCUAUAAAGAGAGUUGACCGUACUAUGUGUUCGUUUUGGUAUAAGCCUUCUUCUUCUCCAAAGACUUAAUGAGCAUAUUUUUUUGUAGGCGGGGAAGGCUGGAAAAUGGCCUCUGAAAUGGUAUGCACCUGAAUGUAUUUACUACCGGAAGUUUAGCAGCAAGAGUGAUGUGUGGAGUUAUGGCGUGACGCUGUGGGAGGCAACUUCAUAUGGGAGGAAACCUUACGAUGUACGGUUCAACAAUUCCUUAAAUUGACCUUAUUCUCGUUAAACGUGUUUUAGUAUGAUGAUUUGACUAGUUUGUCACACAAAACAAUGAUUCUUUAUGUAUGAAACAUUAUUUACAUAUUGUUUGUCACGGAAUCCUACACAUACUGACAGUCAGGCAAACAGGGAAUUCUCAGACUAACAAAGUUGUAGCCUGUCCAUCACGAACGCGGGUAAACAGGGUUGUACACCUGUAAGUCCUUAGCAAAGGCUUAUUCACAUUAUCAGAUUACCACUUUCGUAUUGUCAGUCUAUAUCAUCUUUCUUGCUUUUAAACAAACUUCUAAUUUAUUGCACAGACUUAAACGUUAUCGUAGUACUGCACUCGGGCACUCGAUAGUUCUUUAACCCUUUAAGUCCAAAUACAUCCUCGGAGACCCAGGGGCAGAUAUUGGGGACGAGGGAAAGUGUAAACGGGCGGAGAAAUGUGGCACGAAGAAAAGUAAAGAACGGCGAGAAGAGCCCUGGGGACAUUGUCUUACCAGACCAGUUCCAAACGGUCGCCGCCGUUCUGGCUUCUGAUUGGUGCCAGAAAACUUGUGUUUUUCUGGCACCAAUCAGAAGCCAGAACGGCGGCGACCGUUUAGAACUGGUCUGGUAAGACAUUGUCCCUAGGGGCUCUUCUCGCCGUUCUUUACUUUUCUUCGUUCCAUAUAUAUUUUUCCGCCCGUUUAGACUUUCCCUCGCCCCCUUUACCUGCCCCUGGGUCUCCGAGGAUGGUCCCAAUAGUGACUAACGUCAAUCUCCUCCUAACGAUAUCCAUACAAUGUCAAGAGAUUAGUUUAUGAGUAUNUGUCACACAAAACAAUGAUUCUUUAUGUAUGAAACAUUAUUUACAUAUUGUUUGUCACGGAAUCCUACACAUACUGACAGUCAGGCAAACAGGGAAUUCUCAGACUAACAAAGUUGUAGCCUGUCCAUCACGAACGCGGGUAAACAGGGUUGUACACCUGUAAGUCCUUAGCAAAGGCUUAUUCACAUUAUCAGAUUACCACUUUCGUAUUGUCAGUCUAUAUCAUCUUUCUUGCUUUUAAACAAACUUCUAAUUUAUUGCACAGACUUAAACGUUAUCGUAGUACUGCACUCGGGCACUCGAUAGUUCUUUAACCGUUUAAGUCCAAAUACAUCCUCGGAGACCCAGGGGCAGAUAUUGGGGACGAGGUUAAGUGUAAACGGGCGGAGAAAUGUGGCACGAAGAAAAGUAAAGAACGGCGAGAAGAGCCCUGGGGACAUUGUCUUACCAGACCAGUUCCAAACGGUCGCCGCCGUUCUGGCUUCUGAUUGGUGCCAGAAAACUUGUGUUUUUCUGGCACCAAUCAGAAGCCAGAACGGCGGCGACCGUUUAGAACUGGUCUGGUAAGACAUUGUCCCUAGGGGCUCUUCUCGCCGUUCUUUACUUUUCUUCGUUCCAUAUAUAUUUUUCCGCCCGUUUAGACUUUCCCUCGCCCCCUUUACCUGCCCCUGGGUCUCCGAGGAUGGUCCCAAUAGUGACUAACGUCAAUCUCCUCCUAACGAUAUCCAUACAAUGUCAAGAGAUUAGUUUAUGAGUAUCAGUAAAAUGAUCACCUAAGGGAAAAUGCUUCGAUCUUUUAUCAAAUUCUCUCAACUCAUUCAUGAAGGAAAUGUAUGGAGAUCAGUUUGGAGAAUUUGUAUGUGGAUAUUGGGGCUUAAAGGGUUAACUUCUAUGAACUGGUCUUUUGCAGGGUCUCAAUGGACAACUCAUCCUGGAACAGAUAGAGAGUGGAUACAGACUGGAAUGCCCUGAAGGCGUCCCGCAGAAUGUGUACAGUAUAAUGAGAAGCUGCUGGGAGUAUCAGUAAGUACAAUACACCAGCGUUCCAAAGUUAUUCGGCCUAUCACAGCCGAAAGACCUCAGAUAACAAUGACCUCAACCAGGUUUGCGUCCAGCCGUCCAGCGGUUUUGGUGAAAACAAGGGUUUGGGUAGGGUGCUCAGUCUGGCGGGCUCAUAAAACCUGAUCUCGGUCAUUUUCAUCACUCACAGCACGAGCUUAAAAUCAAAUAAACCAAUCACAUCUCAAAGCAAGUGCAUGUAGCCGCGGCAAGCGCGGGAAACCCAUAUACGGCGCGGCCUUUUGUGCGGGAAAACGCGUGUGUGCAAGUAACGAUUGUUUUUUAUUUAUUUCUUAUUGGUUAAGAAGAAGGCGCAAAAUUUUCAACCAAUCACAAAGCAUAGCAAUGCAAAAUAUAACCACCCAUGAAUUUCAACGAUAGUUAAGUCCUCAGAGACAACGUCAAAUGGGUAAACUAUACGCGUUUCAUCGCUCGGCCCGUCGAGAGAAAGGCGACUGUUCGAAGUUAACGCAAGACAAAUAAAGUCAUCUCCCUCUCAAAUAACUGGCCAGAACACCAACCAGAUUUUUUUUUGUCCACAGUGAAGAGAACAGGCCGACUUUUAGAUUUCUGGCUCAGGAACUUGCAGACGUUCUGAUGGAGUUGAAAAAUAACAAUGGGCACGGGGAUGAACAUCUUUAGUGAAAGCCCUCUCUUCAAACGUACCCAACUUCAAUGUAAAAGAAUAUUCCCUACCCUUCCAGUGCUAGUGUAUAACGCCCCGCUCUCAACUUUGUUUACCGUUUAUUGGCGUUCAAAAUGGCGGACGGAAGCUCAUUUCCAGGAGUUUCUCCGCCAUUUUUAACCUCGAGAAGGCGUGAGAACGACGUUGUGAGUCGAGUAUCGAUAUCGGUCGUAAUAGAUAUCAACACAGAGUCACGUUUACUUUUAACCGCAUUUCCCUGUGUGUAUUAUGAGCAGUGAUAUUGUUAUUUAAGCAGUCUCUAUAGCUGUUGACUUACUUACUUACCUACUUUUUUUUUUACCAAGAAAUAGCCUUUGAUUACUGCCUAACACCACUGUUUGUGAGGCCAUAGUUUUCGAAAUGCCUGUGUGAAGGCUAGAGUUCGAAAUACAAAUUCCGUAGAAACGACACUUUUUUA